GAAAGGUGAAUCCGCCUCCAUUUCCGCCCGGCGACGGAGCCCUGCCCACCGCAGGGAGCAGAGGGAACCGGCGCAUCGCCACUCCGGGCGCAGCAGGGCUGGGGGACGCCUGCAAAAUGGUCAGCUCCGCCGGGGAGAUUGCAGUGGUCGCGCUGGGUAUUUUACUAGCUGUGUGCCAUGCCUUGGAGAACACAACAUCUGCCUUGAGUGGUCCCCCAGUGGCUGCUGCAGUCCGAUCCCACUUUAACGACUGUCCUGACUCCCACAGUCAAUUCUGCUUCCACGGGACUUGCAGGUUUCUGGUGCAAGAGGAGAAGCCAGCAUGUGUCUGCCAUUCUGGGUUCGUCGGGACGCGAUGCGAACACGCAGACCUCCUUGCAGUGGUAGCUGCCAAUCAGAAGAAACAAACCAUCACUGCCUUGGUGGUGGUUUCAGUGGUAGCGUCCGUCGUCCUGAUUGUGGCUUGUGUACUAAUACACUGCUGUCAGGUAAGAAAGCAUUGUGAAUGGUGCCGAGCCUUCAUCUGUAGACACGAGAAGCCCAGCGGGCUCCUGAAGGGGGGAACUUCCUGUUGCCAUUCAGAGACAGUGGUCUGAAGGAGAAUUGGAUCUGACCAAUAUAUUAAUUGCCAUGGCCAGAUGGGGACUACUGGAGUAUAAUAAAGGAGGCCUACCUCGUUCCAGAGAAGAACAUUUUUCCACGGAAGAAAAUGCUCUGGAGGGGACUAAUAUCAAGCAUACGCUACAUUACCUUGACUCUUCAUAUGCAUCCUGUAUUAUAUGCUGAGCUUUCAGAACCUUGCCAAAUCGAGGGCACCAUCUCCACGGGGCUAUCCAAUGUGAAGCCAUGAACUAAUGAGUAGACCACAUCUCCACAAGCAUGGAAUCUUAAAGACUGUUUUACGGGACUUCAGACUCGGACACGAGAACUGCACGUGGGUCAGCUUCAUGUUUAUGUAGAUGUGACAAUUUGUGUGUUUAGGGAGUAGGUUUGACACCAGUGAUUGGAAAAAAGUGUACAGUUCAGGUUGGAGAUAGCUUAUGAGAACAUUCUGUCAGUAUCUGUCCUGCUUUGAGACUUUACGGAAUGUACCUGAAGGCUGAGUCUUUGGUUCAUGCAUUUGUUACAUAUUUGACUCGUUGGGAGGAGCGGUUGCAGUUCUCUCUUUUCAGAAGAGAGAACCCAGUCCUUUCGAAGGAACAUUCUAUCUGCCUGUGCUGCUGCUGCCAUUGGGACAUUCACCCUGCCAGAUGAAAUCUGGGGGGGAAUACAGGACGAGGUGGACUGGCCAGGGUUAUCCUGUCCCUUUCUAAUGAUAUUCAAUUUCUCUUCAUCAGGAGACAAGUUGCAAGAGAAAAAGAGCAACGCUCGAGCCAGUGUGUGUGGGGAUGUGUUCAAACCCCGCAAUCCUUUGCAUUUUAAAUGUGAUGGCAGAAAAUAUUCCAAGUUAUUGAGGCAGAAAAAUGUGUUUGGGGGUUAAAUAUCUUUGGUGUUCUUGGAAAGCUGAAAAAAUGGGACAUGGAGAUAACAUAACAAAAUGGCGGCCAUUGGGGUGGUGGAAAUCUAGGCAUUUAGAGCCUGAUCUGAAGCUUAUUAAAGUCUUUCCAAUGUCUGUAAUGGGUUUGGAUGAGGCCCUUAGACAUGUGGCUUUUUUGCAUUUCUUUAUGCUCACUAGGGACUGUUCAGAAGACUUUAGGAGUUGCUAUGUUGUGACAGAAGGAAACCUAGGGCCUAAUCCUGCAAACCCUUCCACACAGGAAUAGAUGUAAGUGAAUAAGAUAGUGAGGUCUGAUUUUGAUCUUGCUUACACUGAUGUAACUCCAUUGGUUACUCCUAGUUUACUCUAGAGUGAGAUCAGAAUCAGGCCCUCUUAAGUAAAUGGGACUAUUCCCUGAAGUAUGGAUUAUAACUUGUAGGUAAAUGUUUAUGCACCCCUAGACUGUCUUUGAGUCUGAGAAGAUAAACACACACUGUACAUGAUGCAAUUGGAUAACAAACGUGACAAUCCUACCUGUGAAAUAUUCUUCUGAAUGUUUAUCUGAAGUUUCCUUUCAGAUCUGCCUGACAAAAUACAGUCCUAGAACCAAAUUCACUUCAGUGUGCAUAAGUGAGGCCUAUCCCUCCACUGAUGUAGGUGAAAUUUCCCAACAGGUGUAAGCAGGAGAAUUUGGCCCUAGGUUUGUCCUGAUAAUUGAAGAGCAUAAUUUCACCCUUUUGUUUAGAAGCAAAAUGUUACGGGAGGAAUGCUUGCAACUUUAAUCCAGAUCCAUAGUAGGAACAACAUUUUGUUUAUCUGUAGAAGAUAAAUGGGAAACAACUGUCUUACUGAUUCACUUUCA